UACUUCAUUAUUGCAAUAUCUGAUGACCCACCCUGUUUCACAACCCAGACCCACCCGUUUCACAACCCAGACCCACCCCGUUUCACAACCCAGACCCACCCCCGUUUCACAACCCAGACCCAGACCCACCCCAUAAUAACCCAGACCCAGACUCCACUCUGCUUUCACAACCCAGACCCAGACCCACCCCGUUUCACAACCCAGACCCACCCUGCUCUACAACCCAGACCCAGACCCACCCUCCCCCACAACCCAGACCCACCCCCCUGUUUCACAACCCAGACCCAGACCCACCCCGUUUUACAACCCAGACCCAGACCACCCGUUUCACAACCCAGACUCCAGACCCACCCCUGUUCACAACAGACCCAGACCCGUUUCCACAACCCAGACCCAGACCCACCCCGCCUCACAACCCAGACCCAGACCCACCCCGCUACAACCCAGACCCGUUUCACAACCCAGGACCCAGACCCACCCGUUUCACAACCUAGACCCACCCCUGUUACACAACCCCAGACCCAGACCCACCCUGUUACACAACUUCCAGACCCAGACCCACCCCGCUUCCUACCAGACCCACCCCGUAACACAACCCAGACCCAGACCCACCCCGUGUCACAACCCAGACCUACGCCGCCUCACAACCCCGUCCCACCCGCCUCACAACCCGACCCACCGCUCCACUCCCACCACCCCGACCCACCCCGCUCCACCCCCGCUCCACCCCGGGACCACCCCAUCAACUGUCUGGUCCCUUAA